UGCGCAUGCUCGAGAUUUAUAAACAGCGACACGGUCCUGCACCACAUUGGGAGUUUAGUUGUAGAUUACAUUAGAUUUGACGUCGUAAAAUUGGAAAAGACUGAACGUAAUCGAUGGGGCGAAGAAAGGCUGUUGAAUAUACUCUAGACUUAAAACAAGACACAGACACAAUGACGUGUUGAUAGCUGCUGAAAUCAAAAGUGAAAGUUCCGUGGUGCUUUCUUCGCCAUUAUUUUAUUUCAUAUUUUUCUCCUCUACGUAUUCAUUUAGCUAAAGACUUCUGCUCCAUGAUGAUUAUUGAAGUAAUUUUACUCGGAUGCAUCAUGAAGUGCGUUUGCGCUGAUGGGGUUGCAGAUGUGGUACUUUCCUGCUCUCUGGUGGAGGAAGGAUCCGGUCUUGGUGGAAUGGGAGGCGGUGCUCUCUUCACUCGCACUCCAGCCACUCUUGUCUUAAAAGAUGUUGCAGUGGGCCCUGACGAAUCACUUGAAACACUCACUCCGUUCGUCCCGCCAUCAGUCCCUGAUCCAGACCUCAUUCUGUUUGAGACCAAAGUGUCAUCACCUGAGAUCCCCAACGCAGAUGUGUUGCUCCAUGCAGACUGCAAUGAUCAGGAGGUUAUGUGUGAAAUCAGUCGGUACUCUCCUCGGGGAUUCCAGGAAAGUUUAGAUCCAGCCUAUUUUAUGGUGACCCUUGGUGUGGACGGAGUUGAGUUCAGCACUGCACUGAUUCUGCAGACUUUGACAGUGGAGAAGGACCAGUCGACCAUUAUUCAAACCAAACUGGGUCUGCCCCUUAGCCAGUCGGGGACUCUACCUCUUGAAGUGAUAUUCCUGGUGUUUACGCCCAUAAAAUCAGUAUCUGCCCCUCUGAGAGGCGAUGUUCUCCUCAACUGUGGCUUCAAGCAGCAGGAUAUACCAUUAGCGCAAGAAAUGGGCAUUGAAUGGCGACUGCAGCACAGGGGAAAAGGCCGGAGAGUUUUUGAAAUGAAGACGAAGCUUGAUGAGACAGAGGAGAGAACAGUUGUUAACGGUGAGAGGAUGGGCUCAAGCGUAGAUGCUGCCCAGGCUGUUGCCGAGGGAAACGCCUCGUUGACGCUGACUAAGCUGAAGGUGGUGGAUGAGGGGACCUACAUCUGUACAGUUAAUGUUGGUCCUUUCCACGCGCAGCAGGUCGUGCAACUCCGUAUUACUCAGCCACCGGAUGUUUCACUCUCACAAGAGAAGCUGGUUUCGAAGAAGUCCCCCCAAACAUUAAGCUGUCACUGCAGUAAAUAUUACCCCCUAGACGCUCAGAUGGAGUGGUUUUCCCUCUCUCCUACAGACACGGAGCCUAAACUCUUUGAAAAUCAGGGCUCGCUAUCCAGCCAUCGGCAGCACGGUGACGGGACGUUCACCCUGUCGUCUCAUCUCUCCGUGCCCCCCAAUGUCUCCCCAGGAACCAAAAUCAUAUGCCAGGUGUCCCACCCAGCCUUGGACGGUCCUUACUCUAUCAGCCUGGUGGUAGAAGAUCCUGAACCAGAUUCCUACUGGUUGGUCCUGGGGUUCCUGAUCAUCACUAUACUUUUCUUCUACCAGGUCAUGUAAUAGCUUAGUUUUAGAUCAUCCCGACUUGAAUCUGUGCCCAGAAAGUUUCUUUCGUGUCAUUUAAAUUCUUUAAGUUAUUUUUGAUCACGUCACUGGUUAUUUUAACUUUCCUCCUUUGUGGGAAAUGCUCUGUAGAUGUUCUUCAGGAUAAAACUGGAUAAUUUAUUUGCAUGACACAUUUGGUUUUGGGUUAUCUUUGUUGUUUAUAUGUGACAUUGCACUAUGCAAGUUUGGAGCUAAAUUCCAGGUAUAAAACUCAUCCAUUACAAUCCAAACCGUGCAUGUCAGCCAGAAAACUGUUUUUUGCAAAUAGGCCAAUGAAACUAAGAAAAACAUGACCUGGGACAUGGACAUUUAGUUCAUGUGCUGCCUUAUAAAUUGUUUACUCAUCAUUUAAUUUUCUAAAAUAUUAGAAACUGUACGAAACCUUACAAGAAACACUGGAAUAGACCUGAAAUGCAUAGUUCCACAUAAAAGAGACAACAAUAGAAACUGGUAUUUUUGUGAAAAGCAGUUCUUAUGAAGUUCUGAAAGUUCCCAGAGGCAUCAAAUAUGUCAGGCUCAAUCUAUGAACCCCUGUAAUAUUUUGUUUAGAUGAUGUAGUGAUGCAGACUGGGAUUGAAUGUCUGACUCAGUGUCACCUUAACUUUGUGACGUGUCAAACACAGCCAGCGCAGAGUGUGGCAAUAGAUUAUUUUCUCAAUGUAACGAGUACUUAAAGAAACGGGAGACGAACGGAAAGUUAGGAUUUUUAAAAGACAGUUAAAAAAAUUAAAAGUUGGUAGUGUUUGUUGAAACUAUUCGGUCUCUUUCCAAAAAGUUUACAUCGUUAUAUUUGAGGAAAGGGCAAUGAAUCCAAAACUCAGAAGCCAACAUCAAAACAGCUGGACGAAGAGCAGCAGGAGGGGGCGCUUUCUUUAAGUAUGUGUGAUUCCUUUUUUUUGUUUGUUUUUGUUGUUGUUCUGUUGUAAUGCAACAUGUUGUCCCUCUAUGUUUGUGUAAUAUUAAUGUGGCAUCUCUUUGGAUUUUACCCUUUGCAAUGAAGGAUUCGUUACUCAGCAACACUGUUUAAGAAAUAUGACAUCUUCAAAUUUUCUUGAAAGGUUGUCACAAUUUGUAUAUUGUUGUGAGCAGACUGCCAUCAUGUGGUGCAGAUGGUGGGAAAAAAAGAACAAUAGAUCCAGUCUGCUGAAAUAAUAAUAACUCAGCAAAUAGUUCACUUCAUUAUUUCUUUAUUGGCAUCAGCAAAAGUGGUAAACAUGCAUCUGUUUGCGCAAAUCCAUUUGCAUCUUUUACUUUUUCAGGUUGUAAAUCAUAAAACAUCUUGUGUGGUUAAUUACCUAAUAAUAUUGUUUGUACAAUAGCAUCAGAUAAUUUGGGCUAACUGCUACAAUAAUGCAUAAAAGCACUUUGCACAUAAGGUUGUUCAUAUUGUUUGUUUUUUUUUAAAUUUUUUUCUAACUCGCAAAGUCAGUCCAGAGAACGUCAUGAACAUCAAUGAACCUCAGUCAAUUCCGACAGACCCCAAGAAUUGUGUACUACGGUUCUAGUCGUACAAUAUUACAUGUGCUCUAACAGUUCACUAGAGUAGCAGUUACUUGCAGUCCCUAUUUUUCUCUCCAAACGAGUAGUUUCAUCAGAUUUGGCAAACUCUUGAGCAUUGUUGCAUUGCAUAAGCAGUAAUUAUCAGAUCAGAAAGACAUUAUACACAGGUCCUUUAAACCACUAACAAAACAAAAUGUACAAUCGGCAGUAAGAUUCAGAAAUGGCAGAUACACAGGUCACACAAAUAGGCAAAACUAUGAACACCGUUUGCCAUGCAGGUUAGAAACAAACACCUCAUUCUGGCCGUUAACAUACUGCAAGUGACACAUGAGUCUGUUGUAGAUGUGAGUCAGCGGGGGACGGGCGGCCAGGUGGCUCAGGGUUUCCACAUCCUGUCUUCUCUUCUGUUUUUUUUU